ACUACGCGAGAGCAAGAUGGCUGACACAGCGGCUGGGCCUGGUGGCUCCGGAACGAGACCAGGAAAUAAGCAGUCCACUAACCCUGCUGAUAACUACCAUCUGGCCCGGAGGAGGACCCUGCAAGUGGUUGUGAGCUCCUUGCUGACAGAGGCGGGAUUUGAGAGUGCUGAAAAAGCAUCUGUGGAGACCUUGACAGAGAUGCUGCAGAGCUACAUCUCAGAAAUCGGGAGAAGUGCCAAGUCAUACUGCGAGCACACAGCCAGGACCCAGCCCACACUGUCGGACAUCGUGGUCACACUGGUUGAAAUGGGCUUCAAUGUUGACACUCUACCUGCUUAUGCAAAACGGUCUCAGAGGAUGGUCAUCACUGCACCUCCGGUGACCAAUCAGCCAGUGACACCCAAGGCCCUCACUGCGGGGCAGAACCGACCCCACCCACCACACAUCCCCAGCCAUUUCCCUGAGUUUCCGGACCCUCAUACCUACAUCAAAACCCCGACAUACCGUGAGCCGGUGUCUGACUACCAGGUCCUUCGGGAAAAGGCUGCAUCUCAGAGGCGAGACGUGGAGCGAGCACUCACCCGCUUCAUGGCCAAGACAGGCGAGACCCAGAGUCUUUUCAAGGAUGACGUCAGCACUUUCCCCCUGAUUGCUGCCAGACCUUUCACCAUCCCCUACCUCACGGCCUUGCUUCCCUCUGAGCUGGAGAUACAGCAGAUGGAAGAGACCGACUCCUCGGAGCAGGACGAGCAGACAGAUACAGAGAACAUCGCUCUUCAUAGCAGCACGGAUGAUUCCGGAGCUGAGAAGGAGAAUGCUUCUGUCCUGCAGCAGAACUCCUCCUUGUCUGGCAGCCGGAACGGGGAAGAGAGCCUCAUCGAUAACCCCUAUCUGCGGCCAGUGAAGAAGCCCAAGAUCCGGAGGAAGAAGUCCCUCUCGUGACCUGAGAAGGAAGCUGCCCAGUAAAGGAGAGAACACCGCUUUCCUGGGGGAGUGAGAUCACAGAGGGAAGAGGAGGGCGGUAUCCUUCUGGCCGUGUCAUUUUAGUAGCAACUUGUGUCUGAAGACAGCCUGUUGUGCUUGAGUGUGGGUGGAGGAAGCCAUGGUGCAGUGAAGGGCUGCUCUGUCCCCUGACCAAACUGUCAUAACAGGCCAGGGACUUCUAGUGACUCUGUUGAUCAAUCAUGGGACUUGAUUCCUUUGGAACCUGGAGGGCCAGGGAAGAAGCAGAAAUAAGGCUCUGUGCUCUGCUGAGAAGAAGGCCAGGUGUAUCUUCCAGACCUCCUGGAUUCCUCUCACUGACAUACUAACCCAGAAUUUCUUACUUCUCACCUGGGCCCCAAGAUCCCUGCUGAGUGGAUGGAAAGUCUUUGCAUCUCAUGUGUUGGAAACAGGCCCACAGCUCACCUUUGAUCUGGGCUGCCAGGAGCUAGGAGCACAGGUGUCAGUAUCGAUGGCAGUGACCAUGGGGUAGCCUUGAUCUCCGAGCAGCAUUUGAUUAAAGCUGACCACGAUGGAAUCGAAGCACCCUCUGGGAAAGCUGCUCUGACCAGAAGCUGUGAUAUAGUUAGUUAUCAGUGACUUAAAAAGGAGCCAUGGAUUUUAAACACCAUGAAGAGGACUUAGCAAGAAGGAGGGGACCAAGCUUAGCUGAGAAAUCCAGAUGCGGUAGAGAGCUACAUGCCCACCUGCUGGAGGGAGGGGCUGAGAGGACCCUGCUGAGGCAUCAGAAUCCCCCUCCUCCACCUCCCUGGAGAGAAGACCCACUUUCCCACUAAUCAUAAGUUGUGCCUCCCAGGAAGAAUGGCAGGGACCUGUGGAAAUUGACACAAAAUGGCUGAGUUGUUCCUUGGGUUGGAAUGCCUCCUCCAUCCUGUGACUACUGCUUCAGCUCCUUCAGUCUUGCUCACUCUUUCUCUUCUCACCCCUCAUGUUUCAGAGACAGGCUCUGCCUGUAGCCCAAGCUAUCCCAGAACUCAGUGUCUUCCUGCCACCUGCUGCAGGUACACAUGUGAACCACCAUGCUUGGCUUCCAGUUAGCUGUAGGGGCUCCACCUUCCCUGCUGAUCUCGGAGGUCUUUGGUCCCCCUUGCCUGGAGGGAAAGAGCUCUGUCUGGAAGUGAAGGACAAGGAGGGGGAGAAAAUGAGCUUUCUCAACUGUGGACCAAACAGGAAUGUUUUCCUUGUGACUCAGAACUUCCAGGUCAGGACAGGAAGACUGACUUGUGUGGUUCCUGAGAGCUUGGGAUACACUUGGCAGCUCUGGCCAGUCAGUUGAAAUCCAGUCACGAUAAGAUGGGACACACCUUGCUGUUCCUGUAUGUCCAGUGAGCACAUCUGUAAUUCCGGCACCAUUAUCACAGUUGAAGCUCAAGGCCUGUUGAGAAUAUUGUGCGAGGUGGGCGUGGGAGGGGCUCUGUCCAUGACCUCAGAACUGCGCCACUGUCUUCCUCUGGGAAGAGAGAUGCUCGGACAUGGACCUGAGUGAGGAUGUGUUAAAGCAAUGUAUGUGUAUAUUUAUAUAUUUCUAUUUUUUAUAAUUGGGGGGUCUUAUUGGAAAGAAAAAUAAAGUGUGAUUUAUGAAAGGCCUGUAAUAAAAUUCAUAAUAAAAACUUUGUAAAUG